GCACAUUAACUAGCUCCCCUCCCCAAGCUGUUUUCUCCAGGUUGCCAAUACAUCAGUACGGCACGUCUCUAGGGCUCUGACUUCAGACAAUCCUGUGAAGGGGAAGGGAAGCCUCGCUCCAUGCUCGACUGACGCCUUUGACGCCGGAGGAGGAUCAGACAACUCAAUCGUGGAAUCCAGUGGGAAUCAACGGCGACAUCUUCCAAAGCGAGAGCUGUACACAACCGUCGCCACAAUGGCUGAGAUUCCGGACCGCGGCCCGCAGCUCAGGGCUGUCAACAUCUUCUUUGUGACCAUCACCUUGGUGGCCAUGUCACUUCGCUGCUAUGUUCGAAUCGGCAUGGUCAAGGCCUUUGGGGUCGACGACUACCUCAUGGUCCUGGCAACGGUGUUUUUCUGCCUAUAUACCGGCUUUUCAACGGCUGGUGUCACCUAUGGUACAGGCAGACAUCGAUCAGAUCUCCCCGUCGAGGAUUAUGAGACGGCAAUGAGAUGUUGGUGGUUCUGUUAUCUGUUCUACGCCUUGACCAUGAUCAUCUCCAAGAUCUCCAUCGGCUGCUUCCUCAUACGCCUUAUCACCAAGAGGCUGCAGAAGUGGAUCGUGUACGGCGCCAUGGGCGUCUCGGCGCUCGCCGGUAUCACGUUCUUCGUCGUCACCAUCUUUCAGUGCUCACCCGUGUCGUAUUUCUGGUUUGAGAGACAAGUCGGCACCUGCAUCCCUCCCGAUGUCAUCAUCGGCCUGGCCAUCUUGUACAGCGUCUUCAGCUGUAUCUCUGACCUCACCUUCGCCAUCCUGCCCGGUUUCCUCGUAUGGAGCUUGAAGAUGAAGCUGAGGACCAAGCUCGCACUCGUCCCUCUGCUUGCCAUGGGUUGCAUUGCCAGUUGUGCCGUCAUUGCGCGUUUCCCCUAUCUUUUCCAGAUCCGAUCGCCAGACUUCCUUUGGGCUACCCUCGACGUUGCCAUCUGGUCCACGGUUGAGCAAGGCUUGACCAUCACCGCCGCAAGUCUCGCCACAAUCCGACCUCUGAUGAAGAGCAUCGGCUACCGCCUGGGCCUGACCAAUAAGUCGACGACCGGCCCGUCCGGCUACUAUGGCGCGACUUCUGGACGGUACGGCAACAACAGCCACGUCCGCAAGGGAAGCACCCUCGGAGCACUGGCCAUCAACGACGGCUUCAAGCUCUCUUCAUCGGCUGUGCGCAGCCCCCUCAAGAGCCCGCACAGCCCCUGGAACGACAAGCAGCCCCAACCUUUCGCCGCCAACAUGAAGGGAAUGAAGAAGAAGAGCUCGAAUGCGAACUUCGGCGUAGUCAACACGAGCGAAGAGCAACUGCACCGGCCUUCAACGUCACAUGAAGUCUAG